AUGUGCCGCAACACUCACCACGCAAACCGAGCCAGACACCCACCACUCCAAGUCAUCUUUGUCCUAACGGCGGCCCCGGGAGAACUACACAGCUUAAACCAGGGCGGCCUUUUCCUCACCGUAGCCGAAGACACCAACGACAGCACUACAACCGGCGGACGCUGCAAUUGUCCCGGGAAUCGCAAACGGAAGAGCCUAGUCGCAAGCCUAACGGAGCUUCUCAGCCGGCCCUGGGCCGUUCGGGAGUGCCGAGUCGUGACGAACGAGUGGGACUUGUUUAAUAUUAUGACUCCGGGAGUACAGUUGAACCUACCACACCCGACGGUAUGCCAGCAUGGAAACGCGGCGCCGUUUACUACUACGUCUCGGAGAUAUAGCAGAGAGGGGGAGGUCGUCGAGUUGGAGGGGAAUCAUACUUAUGAACGUAAUUGA